AUGCCCGGGCAGAGACAAAAUGAUCCCGGCCGGCAGAGGGCUGACCGCGAUCGCCGUCGCAGCUCUGGAUUGUUCGUGAGUCAAUGGGCGAAUGACAUUGCCGGAAGUUUGCCCGGAAAUGCGCCUGUACAAUUCCAAGCCCGAACCCAAGGCCAAGGCCAAGGUCAACGAGAAGCGUCGCCACCAGAAAAGUACAAGAGCCGCCUUGAACGAGACGUGGAAGCGUUGCUCGCCAGACGCGAAGCCGCAGAAGAAAAACAACACAAACAAGCCGAUGAGCGAGCAGCGCGAUAUGCACGGUUCCUUGCACGGCGCGGUCCCGGGAGGGAUACACUAGCACAUGAAACAAGAAAGGAAAUUAUAAAGAGCCACAAGGAGCUCAAUGCGAGGAAAGCAAGGGCUAGGGCAGCAAGAGAAGCUGAGCGGCAGAGACUUUUGGGAGCAUUUGCUGAAGCUGGAAGAAGAGCAGCGAGUCUUCCGGCUUCGGCUGCAAUUCCACAUCUGCCAGCACGUCCUACCGGGCCGAUUAGAACACGAGGAACCUGGAGAGUCAGAUUGACUCGUACAACAAGACCAACAGGCGACAGACAAAGGCGCCAUUUUAAAGGAGGCGAUAGAGGUACAGAGGAAGAGGAAGAGGUCCAAGUGGAGAUUUCGAGAACGGAUAACGGUGAAGGCGCAAAUGAAGAUGACGGUGAGGCAGGAGGUAACGCAGCUGGUGAGCAACAGGAUGAUGAAACUUUGGCCAGAGACUUGCAGAGGCAGUAUGACGACGAAGCGGAAAACCUUAGAAGAAUUGAGGUGGCCGAGAGUCGACGCUCAAGGAGAGGAAGAGGGACAUUGAACCAGGACCAGCCUCAGCCUGGACCCCAGCCGCCGGCAUCUCGUUCGCAAAGCCGUGGUCGCGGCCGCGGUCGCCCUCGUGGCCGCGGUCGGGGACGAGGAAGAGGCGCAAGUCAACCAGGAGGCUCCAGACAUUCCUCAAGAGAAGUUUCGAGUAGUCCAGCGCCAAGUCAAGAUCAGCCUGCAGGGCAAACUCGCGGCCAAGCUCAAAGACAAACACAAAAUCAAACAACUGAAGAGGAAAGAAGGAUACGUCGGCAUAGACUCAGCUCCAGUUCGAGCGAUUUGAGCGAUCCAGGAUCAGAAUCGUCUUCGGAAAUGGGAGAUACCAUUGUUGUGCAGCCCUUAGCGCAGCCACAGGAUGUACCAAAUCCUGCGCUGGCAUCUGAACCAGCUCCAGUAGAACAACCUCAACUAGAACAAGAGCAACAGGAGCAGGCCCCUGCAGCACCUGCGAUCGAAAUCCCUACACUUACACCCCAAACGACAACUGAAUAUAAACCGUUUACACUCGUCCGCGUUGGCGGCUCUCACCCAUGGAGGCUAGUCCUGCCCAUGAGAUUGGCGGUAGGUGGAUAUGCCACUGCGCAAGACAGACGAAGAUAUCAGCGGAUGGUCGCCCUCGGGUGGAGACAGCACGGAAAUCUUUCAACAUUUGACCAUAUUGUUCGACGGAACUGUAUUAGAAACGGAAUAGAACCGGGCUGGCUCCUGGCUGAUUCGCCCCAUGGGUUCGAGUACGACUCAGAGACUGAAUCAUCUGACGAGGAUGAAUAUUUCGGACCGAGUGGGAUUGAUAGAGAUGUUAUCGCUGUGCCGGACGAAGUAGGAGCAGGACUAUCUAUCUUAUCGGCCGCUGGACAGUUAACAGGUCCAGGAGCUCCUACAUUGCCCGAACAGGCUCAACCGCAGCCUUCAGCAGGACCCGCAGGACCUGUUCCAAGAUCCUCUGGUAUCUCGGAAAGAUUCAGAAUGGAGAGAAGCUUUGGCACAGGUGAAUGGACCAUCUUCAUGCCGGAAGGGAUUGCAUUGUUUGAACGGCGAGUCGGCGUUGAGGAGCUUCGUUUAUUGCGGGAAAUGGCCCUAGAGAUGGAACAAAAUCAUCCACUUGAUAAUUCAUGGCGGAUUGCGCUUAGACGAGCAAUUGUAGAUACUGCCAGUGUCGUGACUCAACGGCAGUUCGGUAUGAUUGUAGCCCCAAUUGGAGAAUCCAUACUAGAUGCUCCCGGUCUUGCAAUGCUGGGCCAGCUGGCAGGACAAGCGGAGCGGCUACCGUUUGACUUAAUGCCUGAGUUGGAAGAGGAGUCAGAGGGCGGUCUUGCAAUUUUGGGCCAGCUGGCAGGGCAAGCGGAGCCGUUACAGAUACGCCCAGCAUCUCAGCAGAUGGUCCAGCCGGCGACGGAACAACACCCGCCCCCUAUUCAAGCGGGAUCGCUGCCACUGCACCAAACGACUCAUCAGGUAGUAGAGCCGACGGCGGAACAGCCUCUACCAGCUGCCCAGAACGUCCAAUCCUAUAUUGCUCCUCCUGUCACGGGAAAGAGAAAGGCAGAAGAGAAAGACGAGGGAGAAGAGAAUCCAAAAGCGGCAGAAGAAGAAAGAUCACCUCCCCAGAAAAGAAGAAAAGUAUCAGAAGUCCCGGAAGCAUCGGAUGCACGCCCAAGUGCAACGCCACAGGCACGAACACCAACAAGACUCGCAAGUGUGGGAGGAGUAUUAAGGCGCGUGCCUCGAGCAUCAAGAAGAUUAGAACAAGGCGGUGCCGGCCGUACAGGCGGCGCAACAUCUGCUAGUAUUGCUGCGCAGACCACCGCCGCAGCCGCCAGACCUGCAGCUCCGUCACAGGCACCAGCACACGCGCCUCCUCCUGCCCCUGCAGCAUCCGCAAUAGCAACAGAAGAAGAAGACACCCCGAUAGUCAAAGAAGAAGAGGCAACAACAGGCCCACUGCGACUACCCGACUUUCCGGGCGAUGACGAUGAUGACGAAGAGGAGCAGCCACCCACAAUUCGGUCAAGACGAAACACUCGAAGCUUAUCGACCCGCCCAUUUCAUCUACCAGAUUUCCCGGCCGACGACGAUGAUGACGAGGAAGAAGAAAAUGAUGAAGAGGCAGCAGAAGGCGCAGAAGAGGAAGAAGAAGGCGACGCAUCGGCGCCGUCAGCUCGGAGACAACAUACUUUAUUGUCGACCAUUCCCGAGAACGAGAGGAUGUCAGAAAGACUCCAUUUGGACCGCGGCCCUGCAGAGCGUGGAAAGCCCGACCCAUCCAAGCUCUCGAUUACCAUCACCAAGGGAAAUAAAACCAAAACACAAAGAUACAAACAUCCCGUCGAUUGGAAUGACAGCGCAUCAGUUGUAAAACUGAAUCGAUGGCGGCAACAACAAUUCCGACGCGCAACCGGAGAGAUUGCACGAGCUGGAGCCGUACCAUACACGCCAGAAGAAAACCAGUUCCUGAUCGACGUGACGCGGCAGUCACUCGCAAACAAAGAAAGGACCAUAAACUGGAGAAGAGUCCUCAAUGACUUUAAUGCGCGGUUUGAGGGACAGGCUCUUCCUAGUUCGGAUGUUCCUCGCCCACGCAGAACACGCGACAGUUUAAUUUCCCAGCGCGGAAGAAUUCCAGAAUGUAAUGAAAUGCUUGGAAAGAACCCACGGGCAAAUGAGCAGGCGGGUAAGCAAGCCAGAUCAGCAAAAAGUAGGACAACAACCAAAGGCAAGGGUAAGGGCAAAACAAAGAAAACAGAGGAGGAAGAAGAGGAGGAGGAGGAAGAGGACGAGAACGACGGAGAGGAAGAAGCGGAGGAAUGGAACGGCGUAAAGGGUUUAAAACAUCAAGAAGGACUAGAAUCGUAA